GAUGCGUGUGUACACCCUCCAGGCCACGCACGGAGGAAGCGCGGGGCCGGGCGGCUGCGCAGGGCCGGUGCCCGGGGGGGCGGGCACCGUCAGCAGCGUCUGCGGCGGGGCGGGCGCGGCGGAGCGCCGCCUCCCCGGCCCGCUCGGGCCUUGCUUGCUGAGGCCUGGCCGCGCCGGGAAGAAGGGCCGAUGGAGGCGGCGGCGGCGGGCGGUGGGGGAGCGGCGGCGGGCGGCGGUGGCGGCAUCGCCCUGCACGACUUCAUCGGGCGGCUGGGCGAGCAGCUGGUACACUUCCACGCCAUGCGGCUGCGGGACUCCCUCUUCCUCUGGGUGGGCGCCGCCCCCGCCCUGGCCAGCCUGGCCGUCGCCAUGUGCACCCCCCGUGACAGCAUCCCGGUGGCCGCCUCGCUCCUGGGGGAUCCCUCCGACACCGCCUCCGCCUGCCUGGCACAGCGCUUGGGUCCUGGACCAUACACACACAUGCACCCCAUUUUGAGGCACAGCUCGUGCUCCCGGGGCCUGUCCCCGCUGGGUGACCCCAACACAGAAGCAUCACCACAGGCGUUUCUCUGGGACAGACCAUUCCCUUCUCCCUCCCCGGCACGACCGAGGUCUCCAGCCAGCGGCGUGUCACCCUCAGGUGACUCAUUUUAGCAAAAUCUCUGAGAGAAGCAGCUGUCCUUGAUUUUCCAAAGCCCCUACUGCCUGCAGAGGGAGGUCUCCCUGUGAGUUUGAUCGCUGGCACCCUGCUCCUCACUCCCCCACCGAGCUGGCCCGGGCAGCAUGCUUCCUGCCGCUCCUCCGGGAGAUGCCAUCUAUUCCCAAACCCUCUGGUGAUCAGAUGGGCUCAGGUGCUUCAGUUCCUUGCCCAAAGGGAGAGAUGUAAUUAUUAAUGAUAACCGGACCUUACAGAAGACAACUGCAGAAGCCAAAGGAACUGCUUCAUGUCAACUAUUUAGAAAAAAGUUUCAUCGACUAUUGAGCAUAUUAGAAAUCACAGCACUAUAAACCUACAAAUGCCAAAUUCUCUCAGCCAGCCACUGUGUUUAAGCUAAUCUUCACCCAGUCCUUUCAAAAAUCCAGUGCUGCUUACUUGACAGCUAAAGGGCAGCAAGGACAGGUUUCAAAAGAUGCUCUUGGGACACCGACUGGAUCAAAAAUUCAUGUACGUCCCUUCUAAUUCUCCAGAUCUGCAGAGCAUCUUUCACAGACAACAGUGAUUUCCCCAAAUACUGCAAAAGCCCUUAUUAAAAACUUGCCAGCUUUCCGAUGGCAAUUUAGAAACCCAGCUGAAUGUGGCCAUUGUGCAGCUGGCCUCCCUGCAACUUCAUUAAUACACUCACAUGAGUAAUCGACACAAGCAGCCCCGAACGCAUGGCAAAUCACUCUCCAAGUUGGCUCCAGAGCAACAAAAGCCCGGCUCAUUUACAUCAAUGUUUGCUACAGCUAAAUUGUACC